AUACCAUCUCAUACAUACCUGUACCGCGAACAUGACGGCGCUCCGGUUCCCGAUAUGUUGUUCAACACGCCUGUCGAUGAUACACGCACCAAAUACUUCUCGUUUUCUUCAUCAGGCACCUACAUUUUUCGUUCCUAAACCGCGCUCACGAGAUAUCGCGCCGUGUCGCAAGCGGACGCCAAUCCUUCGUUGCCGCACAUUUUUUACCGACUUCCUCCGUACCUCCAGCUCUCCGAUCUCGCCGUCUCCCACCACCCUCAGCAUAACUCGCAACAUAUCCUUCCCUUCCUCAGCCAUAUAUCCCAUUAUUGCAGACAUAUCCUCGUACAGCGCGUUCCUUCCCUUCUGUACCUCCUCUACCGUAACAUCCUGGUCAGCUCCACAUCCGCGUACAGGAAAGUUAUACCCUGAAGAAGCGACCCUGACAAUUGGUUGGCAGGGUAUAGAAGAGUUGUUCGUAAGCCGCGUGUACUGUGUACCUGACAAGGCUGUUGAGGCAUUGAGUGGGGAUGCUGAAACUGAACUUGCCGCUGAGGAUCUAGAGCAUCAUUACAAGGGGAGUGAGAAGAGGUCAUGUGCGAGUGGUAGUGUAUUUCAGAGAAUGCGGACGUCAUGGAAGGUCGAGGAUGCUGGCCAAGGUAGGUGCGAGGUGCAGCUAGAGAUGGAGUAUGUCUUUACGAAUAUGCUAUAUCAGCGGUUGGGGGGGACUGUGCAAGCUCGGGUUGCCGAGUACAUGAUUGAGGCGUUCGAAACAAGGGUUAAGGAGAUCUUAGGGAAGCCACGCAGGAUCUAGAAAAGCAGAGAGGUAAGAGUCCCACCAAGCAGGACGAGAUAUUCGCGAGGGUACGGCAUAUAGGACAUACCUUCAUGAUUAUAGUGGCUAGGCCACACAUACUGUACUCAGCACCAAUUUCAGCCUUUAUAAUCAU